UGUUUAUAAUAUAAUAAAAGAGAAAAGUACUCUAAAAAUGAAAGGAAUUUCUGAUAAAAAAUGAAAUGAAAUUAAAUUAAACCAUACAUAAACAUAAUUACAUAAACAUAACGUCUCUCCAAAGAAUCACCAAAACCAAAAACCUCAAAAGAGAAAAAAAAAAAAAAAGGAACAUCACUCCCAAUCUGCAACUCUCUCCUUCUCAAAUCUCACCUUUCACCAACUCUCUUUCUCUCUCUCUCAAGACCCAGUUACCAAUUAGCACUGAAAAUGCAAAAAAACCCAUCAAAAACCCAUUCUUGGUUCCUCAUUUCUUGCUCAAUAUUAUAACUUUUUUUUCUUUACCCAUAUCUUUAAUAUUUUUUUCUGGUUUUGCAGGUGUUAGAAGAUUAGCAAUGAAACCUAUUUCUUUUUCUACAUAUUCUUCAUCUUCCAUGUGAGGACUGCAAAACCCAAAUCUUUAUUUCAAGAAACAAUGUGAGAAACAGAAAAAAAGAUUGUACCUUUAUUUUCUUGUUUUACCUCUUCUGCUAUGAUGGUGGCUGCUAUUUCCACUGAUAAUGCUAAAACCCCAAAUAAUCCAAGAAGACCUCCACUUUUACCUUCAGAGAAAGACAAUGCUCAUGUUCAAUCAAGAAAACCCAGAGGUAAACAAGUCCCUUCUAGAUAUCUUUCACCUUCUCCUUCUUCCUCAACAACAACAACUAGUACCACUACGACUACUAGUUCAAGUUCUUGUUCUUCUUCUUCAGUUCCUAAAAGAUUUCCUUCACCAUUACUUUCAAGGUCUACUAAUUCGUUUUCUACACCUAAAAGAUCCCAAUCUGUUGAUAGAAAGAGGCCAGUGGUGUCUCAAAGGCCAGUUACUCCAAAUCCAGAAGCUAAACAAGGCAAUGUAAGUGAAAUGUCAGCUGCAACAAGAAUGCUAAUUACUUCAACAAGGAGUUUAUCAGUUUCUUUUCAAGGCGAAGCCUUUUCACUUCCGAUUAGCAAAGCAAAGGCCGUGUCUUCUUCACCAAAUGUGACUAGAAAGGUGACUCCUGAAAGGCGAAAAUCGACCCCUGUGAGAGAUCAAGGUGAAAAUUCGCGGCCUUUGGAUCAACAUAGGUGGCCUGGGAGAAGUAGAGGUGGGAAUUUGGCUUUGAAUGAAAGGAAUCCUUCACUGUCUAGGAGUUUUGAUUGUAGUGUUGGUGGUGAUGAGAAGAGGGUUAUGGGAUCUGGGUUUAUGAGUGUUAAGUCAUUGCAGCAGUCUAUGAUUGUUGAUGAGAGAAGGUUGAGUUUGGAUUUAGGCAAUGCUAAGCGAAACCCAGAUGUUAAUAGUUCAGUGAGUGACUCUUUUGUCACUGGUGAUCUUACUGCUUCUGAUAGCGAUAGUGUUUCCUCUGGUAGCACUUCAGGAUUGCAAGAUUUUGGUAGUGGGAUUUCUAGAGCAAAAACUGGGCCUCGUGGCAUUGCUGUUUCUGCAAGGUUUUGGCAAGAAACUAACAGCAGGUUGAGACGGUUGCAGGAUCCAGGUUCUCCGUUAUCUACUAGUCCUAAUCCAAGAACGAGUAUUUCUUCAAAGACUAUUCAAUCAAAAAGAUUUAGUAGUGAUGCUCCAGUGGCAUCUCCCAGAACAUUUGGUUCUUCACCUAUUAGGGGAGCUACAAGGCCUGCGUCACCUAGUAAGCUUUGGACACAUUCAGCUUCAUCUCCAUCAAGAGGGAUUUCUAGUCCUUCAAGGGGGAGACCUAUGAGUAGUAAUUUGAGCAGUAUGCCUUCAAUUCUUAGUUUUGCUGUUGAUUUAAGGAGAGGGAAGAUGGGGGAAGAUCGAAUUGGUGAUGCACAUAUGCUGAGGCUUUUGUAUAACCAUUAUUUGCAAUGGCGGUUUGUAAAUGCAAGGGCAGACGCUACCUUCUUUGUGCAGAGAGUGAAUGCAGAGAAAAAUUUGUGGAAUGCAUGGGUAACAAUCUCAGAACUGCGGCAUUCUGUCACUCUUAAAAGAGUCAAGUUAUUGUUGCUGAGACAAAAGUUGAAGCUAACCUCUAUCCUUAAGGGACAAAUUACUUGUUUAGAAGAAUGGUCUCUUCUGGAUAGAGAUCACUCGACUUCUUUGGAAGGAGCAACAGAAGCCUUGAAAGCCAGUACUCUUCGUCUUCCAAUUGUUGGAAAAACAAUAGCUGAUGUUCAAAAUCUGAAGGAUGCUGUUGGUUCAGCAGUUGAUGUGAUGCAUGCUAUGGCAUCCUCUAUAUGCUUGCUAUCAUCAAAGAUGGAGGAAAUCAAUUCCUUGGUGGCCGAACUUGUGAAUGUAACUGCAAAAGAAAAAUUUUUGCUCGAACAAUGUAAAGAUUUCUUAUCCACAUUAGCAGCAAUGCAGGUUAAGGACUGUAGCUUGAGAACACAUAUAAUACAAUUAAAUCGUUUACCAACUACGAGCAACCUGACAACACGUGUGUAGAACUGAUCUAUCUCACUUGACCACUCACUCUAAAUGCUAACAUUACAUCGACUCUCUUCUUUUUCCGCUAGGUGGAGAUGCACUGGAAGGUAAUAAACAUGGAUUCAAACAGCUAGUUUUGGCUUCAUCUUUGGCAUAUUCUUUUUUUGGUUGAAAACCAGUUGUGGUCUUGCAUAUCAUGUGUUCAUGUAUCUUUGUAUCCAGAGAUAACAGAAAUUGGAUUCUCCUUCCUACUAAUUAGCUGUAUAAAAGCACACUCUUAUCAAGUUAUCCAGCAAAAAGGGAAAGUAAUGGAUAUGUAUAUAUAUGUAAUGUUCACACCUUAUCUCAUCACUGAUCAUUGCUGUGUACAUCUUUGCCCAAUUUGAUUUUAGGUUUCAAAGAUGUUCUUGGCAACGCUUGAUUGAUUGAUUGAUUGUGGCAAGUCUAAUUAUUCCAAGUC